ACCCAACUGUAUUCGCCGGGGAAUCAGCGGUGUUGGAACUUGAAAAGUGGAAGCCCACCUCUGUCUCCGACAUGCUUUCCUCCUGGCUCCGGCGGAGCGCAACUAUAGCGACCCAAGUGAUCCAUGGCCUUUCGUUCCUCAUCACCACUUCCUACUUCCAAUCCCAUAGAAGAAAAGCAAGAAGAAAACGAAAUUGAAAGAAAGAAAAGUCGUACAAGAUAAGGGAAUCCCAAUUUCAACUUUAUUCGAAUUCUUAUAGAGUCUUCGCCAGAUCAAUCACCCUAAGAAUAAUACAUAGUAGAUAUGAAUCGAGAUUUGUCGUCUAUGUGAUUGAUUGAUGGAGGAGGGAGAUCAAUAUGAGCGUCAUCAAUAGCGUAAUGGGUGAGGAGUCGUUCGAAGACCCCGGAACGCCCCUUUCCGCCAUAGCAGAUGCGUUUGAGGAGCUCGCUAAGACCAUCUCUACAAGCUCCGAAGACCUUCGCUUGGUUCCUUUCUCUGAUGCUUGUUCUCUUGUUUCUGUUCUCUUUGGAUGCCUUGGCAUCGCUUUCAAAUUCGCCGAGUUGGAGUACGUCGCCAAGGUGCGAGAUCUAGUAGAAGCAUCAAAGACAUAUGGCACUCUAAAGAACAUUCUUGAUCAUGAUAUUGCAAAUGACUCAGUUAGAACCCCGGGGAGCCAUUCACGUAAUUUACGCAGAGUUAGACAGGGUCUUGACCUCAUCAGAGCUUUGUUUGAAAAUUUCCUUACAUCUGAUGAUUUAUCUUUGAGGGAAGCAGCUUCAACAGCAUAUGCACAGGUCUGUGCUCCAUACCACAAAUGGGCAGUUAGGACGGCAGUUUUUGCUGGAAUGUAUGCACUUCCAACAAGGCAACGACUUGUGGAGCAGCUAAAUGAAACAGACCACUCGGUAGAGAAGGAAAUGAAAAGGUAUAUUGAUGCCUCCCUUCCAGUAAUAAAAUACAUUGAUAAGCUUUACAUUUCAAAGAAUAUCAGCUUGGACUGGUGACCUGAUCUGUCGUGGUUGGUUAGCUCAUACCAUAGCAACUGGGAAGUCCAUCACCAACUUCUUUUGCAAUUAGGUAUAAGAAAGUGAAAGUCUGCAGCUUUUGCAAGACAAGUCAACUCCACAACAGCUCAUAUUUUGCUCCUUAGAUUUUUUGUUCUUUGGGAUGUAAUACUAUUCCUGGUUUGGGUGAAUUUAGAAAUUUGGAUAUUUGAUGUGAUGCACUGUCAUGAUGGACAGCUGUGAUGCCAAGCAUGGUCAGUUGUAUUGAAUAUUUCAAGAGUACUGAGUACUCCAUGUAUAAACAAUUUUCCAUUUCUAGGUAA